UGGCGCCACUCACCAGUUGGUCCAUCUCUAUAGAGAUGAGCAAAAUUGCAAUUUUCCGUCUUAAAAUUCGCAGGAGAAAAGCCACAAAUAAUCAGCAACGAAUCGAAAUAAAUGUGAGAUAUAGCCGCGAUUUGAUCUGAAUGAAUCGCGGGGACUGAAAGCGUGACCAAUUCGCCGAGGAAAGGUCGCCAGGGCGAGGGAAAUCGCUCAUCUCUAUUACAAAUACGAAAAUGAAAUUGCGUGCAUUCUAAAUGCCACAUGGGAACCAUGACCAAGGACUACGACUAUCUGCUGAAGGUUCUGCUGGUGGGCGACAGCGAUGUGGGCAAGCACGAGAUCCUCUCGAACCUGGAGGAUCCCUCCACGGAGAGCCCCUUCUGCAGCGGGAACGACUGCACGUCUCAUAUCCUUCAAACGGUAGCCUACAAGACGACCACCAUCCUGCUGGAGGGCAAGCGCGUGAAGCUGCAGCUGUGGGACACCUCCGGCCAGGGACGCUUCUGCACGAUCAUCCGCUCCUAUUCGCGGGGCGCUCAGGGCAUCAUCCUCGUCUACGACAUCACCAACAAGUGGAGCUUCGACGGCAUCGAUCGCUGGCUCAAGGAGGUCGACGAGCAUGCCCCUGGCAUACCAAAGGUGCUCGUGGGAAAUCGCCUGCAUUUGGCCUUCAAGCGACAGGUGGCGGCCAAACAGGCCGAGACCUACGCCAGCCGCAACAACAUGUCCUGCUUCGAGAUAUCGCCUCUCUGCGACUUCAAUAUCCGCGAGUCCUUCUGCGAACUAGCACGGAUGGCGUUGCAUCGCAAUGGCAUGGAGCACAUCUGGCGCAGCAAUAAGGUGCUGACGCUGCAGGAGCUGUGCUGCAGGACGAUCGUGCGAAGGACGAGCGUGUACGCGAUCGAUUCGCUGCCCCUGCCGCCGUCGGUGAAGUCGACGCUCAAGUCAUACGCGCUGACCACCUCGCAGUGCUUCAACUCGCUGACCCAGAGCUCCAAGAGCAAGAACCGCUGCAAGACGCCGACGAGCAGCAGCCGGAAUAGCUGUGCGAUCGCGUGAUCGUUGCCUUGUAGGCCGCCGCCCAGCCGCCUACGCCGCCACGCCCCCAAACCGACAUUAACUUUAAUUGAGCUCUACUUAUGUACUCUAGGCUAACACACACACACCACACACUCGCCCACUCACCCACAUUGAAGACCCCCCCCAUACCUUUGGUUAUUUUGUUUGUUUCAUCGACAUUGAUAUUUGUGGCCAACAAUGUUUACUUUUUACACAGUAAAGCUUACAUUUAUUUUAUUAUUAACCCCCCCGCCCCCAUCUGUCCCCACCUUCCUUCUUUUGCAUUACUCUAAUGUUGUUAAUAUUAUUAUGUUUGUAUAAUUCUAAUAUUUAAAGCAUCAAACACAUCAACAUAAAAAAAAAAUAAUGAAAACGAAGAAAAAACAACAGCAAGUGAAAAUCAAUUUUUAUAUGCAUAAAAACAAUUAUUUUUUUUGUUUGUUUACCAUCGGAUUAAAAUAUUCUUAGAGAUGUAUUGUAAUUGAAGCGAAUUCAGCAAAAGAAGCGCACUCAAAGGCGAAUUGAUAAAGAUAAUUCAUAAUGAAC